UAGCCAAGGGUUCUCCCACCUUAUCAGCUAGCUUUUAGGGUGUGGCUCUCCCUUGUGUUGUAUCAAUGGUAUCAGAGCCAACUCGGAGUGGUGGCUUGGUGAAACCAGCCGUGACCAACGUGGCCGUGACCAAUGUAGCUCGAGGACUCUCUAACCAAGAAUUGCGUAAUGUCAAACCCAAGGGGAAGAAACAACUUCUGGCGCUCCCACCGGACCCGGUCCGUCCGGAAGAGGUUGGGGAAAUUAGUGAUGCUCCAGAAGCACUUGGUGCAUCUGGACCGCAUGUUGUACACCCACAGGAACCCGUGGGUGUGGGAGUUUAUGUACAGGAAGCACCACCGCAUGGGGAACGCCACCUGCGUGAAGUUGAAGCGGUACGUCUCGCCCACGCCCAGCGGGUGGAGCCUCUUGUCCCUGUCGGUGUUCUUGCACAUGAAGUAGAUCGGCCGGUGGUAGUCGUUGGCCAGCGUGAUCUCGAUGUUGGGGAAGAGGGUCGCCUUCAGGCUGUUGUCGUACACAAGCUGCUUCUUGAAUACAGUUUGUCAGCCAUGGCAAGGAGUUCAUUCUCUGGAAGAGCUGUCGAUGACGAGGAAAAUGACUUCGUCACUGAGCUGCCGCCGGAUCUGAACUCUAGGAUGUUGGUGAGGUUGAGGAAUGGAAGUUUUCGUGUGAAAAAGUGUUUGUUUAAUGACCUAAUGGAAUAGGCUUAACUGACUGUAAUUGGUUGGUCAUUAUAAUGCCUGACGCAUUGUUGGGUCAUUGACCUCAGGUUGUUUUUUUGGGUGUUUUACAGAAUUUUUUUGGGGUUUUGGGUUGGGUUAAUUGGGACUAUCGAUAAGUAUGUGUAGGCAAGGUGUUUGGUUAAUGCCCCAUGUAUUGGUUUUGGAAUUAAUAGAAUUUGUUUUC